CGGAAAACUUUAAGAGCUAACAUGGGAAAACUAGUACUAUAUGGUUUUGAUGACAGUCCUCCUUUUAGGGCCGUAAAGCUUACGCUGGCAGCCCUCGGAGUUCCCUACGAAAUCGUAGAAGUCAACACCAGGAACAAGGACCAUUAUAAACCCGAAUACCUGAAGAGAAAUCCCCAGCACACGGUUCCCGCCCUGGAGGACGAUGGCCACUUCAUCUGGGACUCGCAUGCCAUCAUCACCUACCUGGUGUCGAAAUACGGCAAGACCGACAGCCUGUAUCCCAAGGAUCUGCUCCAACGAGCUGUGGUGGAUCAGCGUCUGCACUUCGAAUCGGGUGUGGUCUUCGCCAGCGGGUUGAGGAGCCUGGUCAGGCCAGUUGUUGCUGAAAACCUUGUAAUUCCCAGGGAACGAUACGAUGCCAUUGUUGAGGUUUAUGAUUUCCUGGAGACAUUCCUCAGCGGGCAGGACUACGUGGCCGGAAAUCAACUAACGAUUGCUGAUUUCAGUCUCAUAUCGUCCAUCACUACCCUGGAGGUCUUUGUGAAGGUGAAUCCUGUGAAGUAUUCCAAAAUCACUGCCUGGAUCAAGCGACUGGAAGCGCUUCCCUACUACCAGGAGGCCAAUGGAGUGGGGGCUCGCAAAUUUGCCGAGUUCUUUAAAAAAAUAAAUUAUACCUUUGCAUCUUAACAUCAUAUUUUUAAAUAAUUAAUAUACAAAAGUUUUUAAAUAUAAACACCUGUUUGAAAUUCCAUAGAAAGCACUAACUAGUAAUUAUAGUUAAAUUUUAAAACAAUCGAUGGGAAAAAUUUAACACUUAAAACACUAUAUAGAUAGAGGAAUAGAAUUAUUCC